AUGCAGGCACUUCGCGAGAAGCUCAAAGACUCCAAGCUUCAUGAUGCCAAAGUCGAAGCCAUUCAUUUAAAGCACAAGAUAGGCAAGCUCAAGAACUUGGUAAACCGAAAUCAUCGCCAUGAUGAGGAACAUGAGCAAGCCACCGACCGCAAAAGAACUGCCAUCUGCGACAGCCAUCGCUUCAAAUCGUUUUUCCCAGAGCGAGACAACAACAAAAUCAAAUGGUAUGUUGACGGUCGUGACUACUUCUGGGCUGUUUCUGUUGGUAUUGAAAAUGCCAAAGAGACCAUUUACAUUGCCGAUUGGUGGCUCUCGCCCGAAAUCUUCAUGCGUCGCCCCGCCUUCUUCAAUCAGGAGUGGCGUCUAGACCAGAUCAUCAAGCGGGCCGCUGAGCGAGGUGUCCAGGUCUAUGUGAUUGUCUACAAGGAAGUCCAGCAGGCACUAACUUGCAACUCUGCCCAUACUAAACACGCGCUUCGAGCUCUCUGCCCCGAAGGCACUCCGGGUCAUGGAAACAUCCACGUUAUGCGACAUCCAGACCACAAUGUGUUUGAGAACAUGGGGGACAUGACAUUCUACUGGGCUCAUCAUGAAAAAUUCAUCGUCAUUGACUACCACCUUGCAUUCAUUGGUGGUCUCGACUUGUGCUUCGGACGAUGGGAUCUUCGUCAGCAUCUCCUCGCAGAUGUCCAUCCAUCGGGCGUCGUCAAUGAACUGUUCCCUGGCCAGGAUUUCAACAACAACAGAAUCAUGGACUUUCAAACCGUCCAAGACUGGUCCAACAAUGAACUCAACAAGACCGAUUAUGGUCGUAUGCCUUGGCACGAUGUGGCCAUGGGCUUAGUAGGUGAAAGUGUGAUUGAUAUUGCAGAACAUUUCGUCCUUCGAUGGAACUUUAUCAAACGUGACAAGUAUAAACGUUCUGAAGGCGUUGACUAUCUUUGCAUGACCACACGCUCUAAUGCCGAUGGUUCCAAUCCCGAUGAAGAUCUGAUCUCUAUUCAACGACCCAAACACCCUGUCGGCAAGUACAUCGAGCACCCACUCAGCCCCCUCGAGAGCAAGGGCCUCCAAAAUGCCGGCAGUGUACAUGCGCAGAUUGUUCGUAGUAGUGAUGAUUGGUCGAGUGGGAUUCUGAACGACCACAGCAUCCAAAAUGCCUAUGCCGAGGUCAUCGAGAACGCCGAGCACUAUAUCUACAUUGAAAACCAGUUCUUCAUUACCGCGACUGGCGAUCAACAGUUCCCCAUACACAACACGGUUGGCCGUGCUAUCGUCAAUGCGUGUGUUCGUGCUGGUAAAGAAGGCCGCAAAUUCCGCGUCAUCAUUGUCAUCCCGGCCAUUCCAGGAUUUGCGGGUGACUUGCGCGAGGACGCGGCCAUAGGCACCCGUGCCAUCAUGGACUACCAAUACAGAUCGAUCAACCGCGGCGAACACAGCAUCAUGGGACAGAUUAAGGCGGCGGGACUCGACCCGACCGAGUACAUUUUCGUCUUCAACUUGCGCGCGUACGACCGCAUCAACAAGACCCCAGCUUUGAUCCAGCAGGAGAAAGAAUCAGGAGUCUCGUACCAGCAGCUCCAGCGCGCCGAAGCCGAAGAGAUCAUGGGCACCGGCAUCCAUGGCUACGAAGGCGAAAGACAAGAAGGAGAGUCUCACGGUAUCGGUCACGGUGGCAGCCACGGUAUCAGCGAGGACGAGAAGGAACGCAUCAUCGACCGCAAAAGACAGUUCGAGGCUGCCCGUCACAAACUCGAUGUCAAAGACCCCGUAACGUCGACCGACUCGAUCGCCGAAGACGCCAUGGCCCGCGGGGGCCUGGUGACCGAGGAGCCAUGGGAAGGCGAGCCCGAAGAGGAAAAAGCCAACUUCGUCCAAGAGGAACUGUACAUCCACGCUAAACUGCUCAUCGCCGACGACCGUACCGUCAUCUGCGGCUCGAGCAACUUGAACGACCGCUCCCAACUAGGCUCGCACGACAGCGAACUCUCCAUCGUCAUGACCGACACACGCACCAUCGAGUCGACCAUGGACGGCAAACCGUACCAAGCCGGCUUCCACGCAGCCACUCUCCGACGUCACAUCUGGCGAGAACACCUCGGCAUGAUCGAAGCCCAGCCCGUCGAUGCGUCAAAGGACCCCAACGCUCAGCCUCCAACCGUCUGCAUGAACGAAGAAUAUAGUGGCGAGGAAUGGGAGUUCGUCGCGGACCCCCUGGGUGACGAGGUCUGGAACAAAUGGACAGGCCAAGCGACUGUCAACACCGACGUUUAUAGACAUCUCUUCCGCGCCGACCCGGACGACAACAUCAAAUCGUGGAAGGACUAUGAUAGUUUCGCGCCCCGCAAGACCAUCAAGCAGGGCCAUUUGCACGAUCCACAUAUGCCGGCAGAGAUGAUCCGUAAGGAACUCGACAAGGUUCGGGGCCACCUCGUUUGGAUGCCGUUGGACUUUUUGUGUGAGGAAAAUAUGGCAGAGAGGGGAAUGCAGGUCAAUUCUUAUACUGAGCUUUCUUCAGUGGCAGCAGAAGCACCAUAUAGACUCCCAGCCAAGCUUGACACGCAUCGACUUGUUCUCCUGGGAGAGGCCAAGCGAGCUGCUGCUGAAGACCAUGUUUGGGAUCUCAGAGAAGAUCCAGGGUAUUUCGCAUCGGUGGCUGUUGAUCGAUCACAGCACCGCCAGGAAAGCCUUCUCGACACACAGGGCCGACGCCAUCCGCACGACCAUAACGAGGUUUUCUGGAACCAAGUGAUAAGAGGCCUCCCUGUCGAGGCUUAUAUGACCUUUCUCUGUUGGGAUCUGCUUUACAAGUACGCAGUCAGGCUGGACGAUGCCUUCAGAUCUGCCGGAGCUCUGAACCAUGGUCAACCUCUGCCCAAGAAGCUCGAGCUUGCCCUGGUAGAGUUGUGCUUCGCAGCCGAAAUGAUCUCAAAGGGCCUGAUCAAUGAAUUGAAGUCCAGCGUGCCAGCAUCGUCACCAAUACACGAGCGCUUUGUUCGAGAACCUUAA